CACGAUCCAUAUAGGCCCCCCACUCAUCCUGACACCAAAUCAUUGCUGUAAUAGUUUCAUUGUUGAACCUUUCUCCUUCCCUCCUUUUCUCCUUUCCUUCUCCUUCACAAGGCUUGUCCUUCUUCAUUUGCAGAGAUCUCUGAUUCUCAUGCAAAGAUAAAGGAGCUGCACAUGGGGAGGAAAGGAAGUUGGUUUUCUUCUGUGAAGAAAGUUUUCAUUUCUGAUUCCAGAAAAGAUCAGAAACAUCAUCAUAAAUCAAAGUUAGCAUGUUUUGGGCACCACCACCAAUCUGAGGACCCUGAACGGGCUUCUGAAGGAGCAGUAGUUGCUGUUGUUUGUCCCUCUCUUCCACCUAGAAAAGAUGUGAAACCAAAACCUGAUGAGGCAGAGAAUGAACAGAGCAAGCAAGCUUUCUCCUUGGUUUUGGCCACUGCGGUUGCCGCGGGGGCUGCAGUUGCUGCUGCUGCAGAGGUUGCUCGUCUCAAUAACGCGUCUCGUUACCCUGGAAAAACCAAUGAAGAAAUAGCAGCUAUCAAGAUUCAGACUGCAUUUCGUGGAUAUCGGGCAAGAAGAUCAUUGCGUGCAUUGAGAGGUUUGUCCAGGUUGAAAACAUUAGUGCAAGGGCAAUCAGUUCAACGGCAAGCAGCUACUACCUUGCAAUGCAUGCAAACUCUUUCAAGAGUUCAGACUCAGGUUAAUGCACGGAAGAUCAGAAUGUCCGAGGAGAACCAAUCUUUUCAGCGGCAACUUCAGCAGAAACGUGAUAAGGAACUUGACAAGUCUCAACCUGCUCGGCCUGUAGAAAAAUGGGAUGAUAGCUCAAAAUCAAAGGAGCAAAUCAAAGAAAAAUUGUUGAACAGGCAAGUGGCUGCUAUGAGAAGAGAAAAGGCUUUGGCCUAUGCAUCAACACAUCAGCAAACAUGGAGGAACUCUUCAAAAUCCACAAAUGCCACAUUCAUGGAUCCAAACAAUCCCCACUGGGGCUGGAAUUGGCUUGAGAGAUGGAUGGCUGCAAGGCCAUGGGAGGGCCAAACCACCAUGAACCAAAACAAUCAUGCAUCUGGAAAGAGUGCUGCAAGCCACACCAUGUCAGUUGGGGAAAUCACCAAAUUGUACUCUCUCAGAGAUCAGAAUCAAGAACCUAAGAACUCACCUUCACCUGCUCAAAAAGCAACUCGGCCUCGCGGUCACAAUUCCCCUUUAGCUUCAAAGCCCCCAUCUAAUGGGAAAACAAAGGCAUCAUCAAGCCCCAAGGUUAAUUCAUGGGGUGGCAAUGGUGACUCAGGAAACAUAUUCAACAAGAACUCGGAGAGCGUCGACCGGAGGCAUAGCAUUGCAGGAUCUCCAGAGAGAGAUGAUGAGAGCCUUGCAAGCUCACCAGCACCUCCAACUCACACUACUACAGCAACAUCCACAAAGGUUGUUGCAAAGGCCAGGUCCUCCAAAGUGCAACUGCAAAGUCCAUCUGGGGUGCUAAGAAACAAUGGAACAACAACAACACCUGAAAAGGGAGGUUCUGUUUCUGCAAAGAAGAGGCUUUCUUUCCCAGAUUCUCCAUCCAAUGCAAGAAGGCUUUCUGUUUCAACUAAGGGGGUUUCCAAUAAGAAUGUUGCUGCCAACACCAUCCCUGAAUAGAAAGUGAAAGUGGAAAAUGGAGAGAGCAGGUAGAGGUGGUGCACAAGUUCCAUGUAGAAUAGAAUUCAUGAAAAUAUAUGCCUUUCUAUCAACUAACUCAUUCUUCAGAAGCCCUGAGGUUGGUGCCAUGGGGAGGAAGGUAGAAUAAAAAACUUUGGCUAAUCAGUGAUCUCAUUUUAUUCAUACAGUUGGCCAUGGGGCUGAUAAUAGUUUUACGAAAAUAUAUGUCUUUUUCAUUUUUUUGAUGUAAUCUUGUACUUGAUUAUGGUAUUUAUAUUUGUAAUUAUCAUUGUAAAUUGUUUUCUAGACCAUGUUUAGGCCAUGAUGGUGUUUGAUAGAUUCCGUUCACUAUGUUCAGCACCAAUUAGGAAACCGAUCCUAACUGAUCAAAUUAAGAAUGUAAGACACAUUCCAAGUACUCAGCAAAUUUACACUACAAACUGUUUUGUUAA